AUGAUGAUGGGGAAAACACAGGCCGACUUCCACGCCGAAAUGCCCCAGCUUGAGCAGAUGGAGCUCAGGGCGUCUAGAGGAAACAUUGAGGACGCCAACGAAGGCGAGAUCUUCCAGGAGGUACGCCUGGAUGACAAUGGCAACAUGGAAGAGACACCCAUCACUGGCAAGCUGAUUUCCGGCGACGACAAAGCGGGCGGGGCGCUGCGCAUUCCGACGGCGGUGAUGUACUCGUUCGGCGUCGUCAUGCUGCUGUCGUCGUGCGUCAUCCUCGUGUCGCUCUUCUACAUCAUGUCGGCGGGCCGGCCCUUCUCCCCACGCGACAAGCCGCUGCCCAAGCCGGAACCCACGAUGACCAUCAAGCUGCGCGUGGCCGACCUGCCCGAGAGCUUCCUGGGAGUGCUGCGUCAGAGGGGUGCCGGACCGGGUGCAGCCAAUGGGUCAGCGGCCGCCAUGGCACCAGGCAGUGACCUCAGCCGUGGUCAAGGCAGCGGUCGGCGCCACUCGCCAGCAGCGCCCCCACUGCUUGCCGGGAGCGACCGUCGCGCCACGCUGCAGCGCCCGGGCGAACCGAAGAUGUCGGCCCAGAUAUAUGGUGACAGCUCCUUGGCCGAAGAAGGCAACUCGCACGUGGGAAGAGUCGUUCCUGGGUCUUUUAGCAGUGGCGCCAAGGAGAUCGUCGUCAUCCAGAGCCCAAUUUGCAGCCAAGUGUGGGAGAGCCAACGCGUCGACUGUCAUCCCGAGGCAGCCCCUAGUCUCGAGUCGUGCCGAGUGCGCGGCUGCUGCUUCGAACCCGUGAACGCGUCCUCCGAGAACUUGGAGCCCGGCUUCCUGCUGCCACCAGCCUGCUUUUACCCGGCCAACUACCUGGGCUACAAGGUGGACUCCAUUCAGCGGUCCCCGACGAAAAUCGUGGCGCGUGCCGUGCGUGUCACUCCGUCCGGCCUUCCGGACGAAAUUCGCGACAUCCAGGUGGAAGUCACGAACUACAAUGACAACACUGCCCGCAUUAGGGUGUACGACCCGAGGGCUGCGCGGUAUGAAGUGCCGCUGCCUAACGUGCCUCAGAAGGACCACUACUUUCCUGUGAUGUACGAGACCUCGGUCAGCCCGGCAGGAGACGUUGAGAUCAUCCGGCCAGUGUCUAGGAAAGUUGUGUUCCACACAAACAUCUCGACACUGGUGUUCGCAGACCAGUUUCUUCAGAUGUCAACGUACAUACCGUCACGUUACGUGUACGGAGUUGGAGAUGUCAAGUCACCGUUACUGCGAAGCACGGACUGGCAGAAGAUAACCCUCUUCAACGCCGGAAGGUCACCCACGGAGGGCAAGAACUCGUACAGCAGCCAUCCUUUCGUGUUGGUCCACGAGGAAACCGGCGAGAGCUGCGGCAUCUUUUUGCUCAACAGUAACGCCAUGGACAUCCUGCUCAAGCCGAGUCCCUCGGUCACAUUCCGCACGACCGGCGGGAUUCUGGACCUCUUCGUGUUCCUGGGUCCCACGCCGUCCGAUGUGGUGCAGCAGUACACGGCUCUGGUGGGACGGCCAGCGAUGCCUCCGUACUGGGCGCUCGGUUUCCACCUGAGCCGUUGGGGCUACACCAGCAUCGAUGAGGUCAAGGAGACCCGUCGUCGGAACCUGCGGAUCGGAAUCCCUGUGGAGGCCGUGUGGCUGGACGCUGACUACAUGGAGGCUCUACGGCCCUUCACGUACGACAAGGUCCGCUUCGCCGGGCUGCCCGAGUUCGCCCAGGACCUGCACAAGCGCGACAUGAAAUUUGUCCUGACGCUGCAUCCUGGAAUAGACGCGAACAUGGAAAAUGGCUCGUACCUUCCCUUUGACGAGGGCCACAGGGCAGCUGUUUUCGUGAGAUCGGACGCCGGUGACUACAACUACGGCAUGGUGGGAAAUCGGAGCCAGCUCGUCUAUCCGGACUUCACGCACCCGGCGAGCGGGGAGUACUGGACGAAGAUGCUGUCUUACUUCCAUGACGUGAUGCCGUUCGAUGGACUGUGGCUGGACCUGAACGAGCCGUCGAGCCUGUACAACGGUUCCGAGCGUGGAUGCCCGGCGUCUACACUGGAAGAACCACCGUACCUACCCGGCGAAGGAAAGGAGGCGCUGCGAACCAAGACACUGUGCAUGACGGGUCGCCACUACCUGUCCACGCACUAUAACCUGCACAACCUGUAUGGGCUGACGGAGGCACUACGCACAUAUGACUCCCUGCGCCAGAUUCUUCUGCGGAGACCAUUCAUCAUAUCGCGGUCCACGUUCUCGGGUCAGGGCCGGUACUCGGGCCACUGGAGCGGUGACAUCGAGUCCGACUGGGACGCCAUGCGAUCAUCGAUUUCCUCGAUGCUGACGUUCAACAUCCUCGGCAUUCCCUUGACUGGCUCGGACAUCUGCGGCUUCUGGGACAACACAACCAGCGAACUGUGCAACCGUUGGCACGCUCUUGGCGCCUUCUACCCGUUCGCGAGGAACCACAACGCGAAGGGAAACAUCGAUCAAGAUCCUGCAGCCAUGGGAGGGGCCGUAGCGGCCACUGCCAAGAAGACCCUCAAGAUCCGUUACUGCUUCCUGCCGUACCUAUACACGUUGUUCUAUCGAAGCCACGUGUUCGGCGAGACUGUCGCCCGGCCUUUGUUCUUCGAGUUUCCCAAGGACGUCAACACCUACGCCGUGGACACGCAGUUUCUGUGGGGCAGCGCUUUGCUGGUGCUUCCUAUCCUGGAGCCGAACGCGACGAGUGUGAAGCCAUACCUUCCCCGCGGCAUCUGGUACGACGUGAUGCUUGGUCUUCCCUACCACAGCGCCGGCGAGGACUUCCAGAUGUCGCCGCUCAAUGACUCCAUCUGCCUGCUCAUUCGCGGAGGACACGUUGUGCCCUCGCAAGAACCGGCGCAGACCACCGCUGCCAGUCGACUCAAGCCAUUCAACCUGCUGGUGGCUCAAAACCAUGACGGGCUGGCCAUGGGUGAGCUCUACUGGGACGACGGCGAGUAUAUCGGUUCCUAUGAAAAGGGCGAGUACAGCCUCAUCAAGUUUGUCGCAGUCAAGAACACGGUGUCGAGCAUGUGUGUGCAUUGUGGCUACGACAGUAUUAUGCUGCUGAACGCCGUCACCGUUUAUGGUGUCACGGACAAGCCGCGGGAGGUGCAGUUCAACCGGCUACCCACCAACUUCACCUACAACCCGGCCGGACAGUUCAUGAAAGUGUCGAGCCUGCAUUACCAACUGACGAAGCCGUUCGUGCUGACAUGGAACCGCUGA